AUGUCAAUGUCCUGUCCUUGUCCUAUGAUUUUGAUUUUUGAAUAUGUCGAUCUUUUUUUCAUUUGUCAAUUCUCCGUUUUAUAUUAGAUAAUGCUAACACAAUAUCUAAAUUUAGCAAAAUUUAAAAAAUAAGCUUGUUAAAUUUGAUAGUUCUUUAAUGAAACUUGCAAACAUUGAAAUGCUGAACAAUAAUAAAUUAAGAUUGAUUUCUGGCAUUUUGCGAUCUGUUAGUACGUCUUGUUGGAAUUAUUCAAACCACUACGAUGCACUGGGAGUAACUCCGAAGGCAACACAAAGUGAAAUCAAAUCUGCUUAUUAUAAAUUGUCCAAAAUUUAUCACCCAGAUAAAUCUGAUGAUGAAGCAUCUGCAAAGAAAUUUAGAGCAAUAACUGAAGCUUAUGAAGUUCUUGGAAAUAUAAAACUGAAGAAAAUGUAUGACAGAGGCCUGAUAGUAGGGCGUCAUAGUACUUCGAGAGUGGACUACCAUGGAGAGCCAGAACCUACAGACCCGAAUCUUAAAUUUCACAAGUCGCGUGCUAAGAGACAUGUAGCUCCUACUUUGGACGGAAAAAUGCCCAUUUAUGACUUUGACGCUUGGGCUAAGAAUCACUAUGGUGAUUUAUUCAAAAAAGCAAAAUAUGAUAGAGAAAUAAUAAAGCAAAAGAAAGCUAAACGACAAGCCAUAUCAGAAACCACACAUCAGGAAGCAAUGUUAUAUCUUGUAUUUGCUAUAUGUGGACUAUUCUUAAUGUUUGUGGUUAAUGGUACAGCAGAUUAUGAUAAAGAUUUAAUAAAAAGAAAUACAGAAAAUCAGACAGACCAGGAAAGUAAACCAGACCAGCAAAAUGAAGUACAUUAACUUUAUAUUAUAUUACAUAUAAAAUGCUGUAAUACCACUAUACAUUACUAGGCCUAUGUUGUCACAGUCUCAACUGAAUGAGACUGUCAAUUGAAACUGAUUCUUUGAUAGAGAUUAACUUGACACUGGUAUUGCUUUUGAAAAUCUAGUCUAAUUAUUUCAGUUUGAACCUUAAAAUUAGCUGAAUUUGAUACUAUAAAUGUUCAGUUACUACAUGAUUUAGCAUCAUUGUAUUUUUGUAUGACUUAUGUAGUUAAUUUAUUUUACCAAAAAUAGGCAUAAUGUAAAAUGUGGUAUGUAUAUAAAUAUCGUGUUUGAAUAGAGUAUAUUGUAUAUAAUGUACAUACCUCAAAUAAUUGUAGAAAAUUGUGAUAAUAGUUUAAUAAAAACGUAAAUAAGGGACAAACAUCUUAGUAUUUAUUUACUAAUCCAUAGUAAAACAUAUUAUUUUUGUAAUUGUCUAUUUUAUUAAUUUUGAGAUUGUAUGGUCUUAAAUUACACAGAAAGAACUGUACUAUAA